AUGGCGAGGCUGCGGCGAGGGGCCGGGGGCGGCGGGGGGAGAGCCCGAGAGGCGCCUAUCAGCGGCCGCCUGAUCUGCAUAGCCCCUCCCGGCCGGCCGGCUCGGCCCGAGCUCUUGCGCUCUGCUGCGCCACCGCUGCGCAGCCGGCGGAGGAAGCACGUGAGGACGCGGCCGGCGGAGCGGCGUGUGGAGUCGGGGGUCCCCGGGGAAAGCCGCCCGCGCUGCAGGAGCGAGAGCCGCUGUGCCCAAUGGAAGGUUUGCAUGGACCUCAGAAUCGACUGCAGGAGCCACGUCGGUCGUCUUGGCUGUAAGAAAAGGCCUAUUAAGGCCUCUUUGGCCCUUCGACAGCUACAUCCAGACCAGUCGACGCAAAUGUCUGGCCAGGUGCCCCAGCAAGAAGAGGCGGAGGGGGGCAUAGAACAGGACAAAGAGGAGCUGAAUCGGAAGAUUAAGGAGCAGAAAGUGGUUGUCGAUGAACUUUCCAACUUGAAGAAAAACCGGAAAGUAUACAAACAGCAGCCCAACAGCUACAUAUUUUUUCUAGCGGACCGGACCCAGAUGCUCUCGGAGAGUAAAAAUAAACUAGAUGAACUGAGGAAGGCAUACCAGGAAAUGGAGAAUUCGGAGAAACCCAAAAUAAAGAAAUAGAUAAACGGAACAAUAGCUCUGCGAUGUGUGGUAUUUGUUGCGUGGUCAGCCUGUCCACUCGUCCUCCUGACA